AUGCCCCGCGGCGGCUGGCCGGCUUCUGUGCGGCCGCUCGCGCAGAGGCCUGCUGGGAAUUGUAGUUCUUUGUUGCUCAGAGCACUCAAAGGAUGCCUGCGGUGGGCGUGGAGGGCUGGGGCGCUUGGGUGCCUCUGCAGCCAGGACCGUAGGACCCCGCAGCCAUGUUCCCGGAGCCCCCAACGCGGGGGCCUCCAGCGCCCGACGCGCCCCCGGAUUCCAGCCGCCUGAGCCACGGCCCAGGUGCAGCCGGAAGUGGAGGAGCUGGAGCCAGCGCCGCCCUGUUCCGGGCAGCAGGCGGCAGAGAAACGUAAUCUGGGACGGCUGCAGUACUCGCUGGAUUACGACUUCCAGAGCGGCCAGCUGCUCGUGGGCAUCCUGCAAGCGGAAGGCCUGGCAGCCCUGGACCUGGGCGGCUCCUCCGACCCCUACGUGCGGGUCUACCUGCUGCCGGACAAGCGCCGGCGGCACGAGACCAAGGUGCACCGGCAGGCGCUGAGCCCACACUUCGGGGAGACCUUUGCCUUCAAGGUGCCCUAUGUGGAGCUGGGGGGCAGGGUGCUGGUCAUGGCCGUGUACGACUUCGACCGGUUUUCCCGCAACGACGCCAUCGGAGAGGUGCGGGUCCCCAUGAGCUCCGUGGACUUGGGGCGGCCGGUGCAGGCCUGGCAGGAGCUGCAGGCGGCUCCCCGGGAAGAGCCGGAGAGACUCGGGGACAUCUGCUUCUCGCUCCGCUACGUCCCCACGGCCGGGAAGCUCACCGUCGUCGUCCUGGAGGCCAAGAACCUGAAGAAGAUGGACGUGGCAGGGCUGUCAGAUCCGUACGUCAAAGUCCACCUGCUGCUGGGCGGCAGGAAGGUGCGGAAGAAGAAGACGACCAUCAAGAAGAACACGCUGAGCCCCUACUACAACGAGGCCUUCAGCUUCGAGGUGCCCUGUGACCAGGUGCAGAACGUGCAGGUGGAGCUGACCGUGCUGGACUACGACAAGCUGGGCAGGAACGAGGCCAUCGGGCGGGUGGCGGUGGGCGCGGCCGCGGGCGGCGCGGGCCUGCGGCACUGGGCGGACAUGCUGGCCAACCCGCGGCGGCCCGUCGCCCAGUGGCACUCCCUGCGGCCCCCCGACCGCGCGCGGCAGCCGCCCGCGCCCUGA